AUGAUAGUCAGAAGAGAUCGUAUUCAUCAUUAAGGUAAAACUAAUAGAGAUUUCAAGUAAAUUCUUUUAUUUCAUUCAAGAAUGUUAGAUUCAUUUAAAAAUACAACAAUUAAUCAAUAGAAUUCAAUAGAUGGAAAUAGAAUUGCUUCAUUAUCCAUUCCAAAAAAUAAGAAGUUCUCAGAAAUCUUAGAUCAAAAAUCUAAAAGAAUUGUAUAAUGCAAAGAUCCCAUUGAAGAAACUAAAAAUUCAGCUAAAAAAUUUCAUUAACAUCAUUUAAUUGGUUAUCCAAGGUAUUUUGAAUAUUUGUAUAAUUAGAUUCUCCUAAUUAGAAGAGAAAUAAUUGAUGAAAAGAGUAUUUUGUGGUGAUUCUAAUACACUUUUCUUUGAUGAAGAACAUAUGUAAAGUUAAGAAAGUCCAAUUGAUACAAAAUGUAUUAUUAUUAUACUAAAUUAUCUAUUAGAUGAAUAAAAGGAGAAAUUAGCAUAAUAGAAAAAAGAAGAGAACACUACAGGAAUAUAAGAAACUUAAUUAGUUGGUUUAGAAAAUAAAAAUACACUUGAAGGAAAAGUAGACUUAGAAAAAGUUAGAGAUAUUAGAAGAGCUAUAAGAAGAAGAUAUGCAAAUAGAAAGAAUUUUUAAAAGAUUUUUAAUUUGUGGGAUGAAGAUUCUAAUGGUGCUGUUAGUGUUAAAAAUCUAUACAAUAUGAUAUAAAGAUUAGGAAUAAAUAUUAAUAUAGAUGAGGCUAGAGUCUUAUUAGCUAGUGCAGAUAUGGAUGGAUCAAAUGAUUUAGGAUUAGAUGAAUUUCUAGAUCUCAUUUUUAAUGAUAAGGAUGCUCUUAAUGUUAAUUUAAAGGCAUUACCAGCAUUAACUGAAGAUGAAAAAGAUUCAUUAAUUAAAAAUUAAGAAACUAUAGAUUUCCUUAGAAAAGAUGCUUUAUAAGCUAGAGAUAGAAGACAUUAGAAUUAAGUUAAUCUUAUUCUAAAAAACAGAGUAUAAUCUACCAAUUAUAAUUUAAGUUAUAAUAAUUGGGGCAAUAACUCACAAUGUAAGAUGAAUUGUAAAAGGGGUAUAUAAGUUUUGGUAGAUUUGAAAGUGUUAUAAAGAAAUUAGAAAUAGAUCCAAGUAUUUUAUCUGAAUAAGAUCUUAAAAUAUUAUAUGAAAAUUUCAAAAAUUAAGAUGAUACAUUUGAUUAUAAAAAGUUCUUGAAUCAUCUUAAAUCCUUUUAAUUGAAAGAGGAAGUUUAUGAUGAUCCAUAUUAAAACAAGAAUUAAGAACCAGUUGAUAAGAAAUAAUUAUUGUUAAAAAGUAUGAAAUAUUAAGAAGAUUAACUUAUUACAUUAUUUGAUAUUACAAGAGUAGAUGCUUAUUCCUUGGAGAAAAUGAAAACAAAGACUAAAAAUCUAAUGAAUAAGAUUUAAAGAUAUAUACCAUCACAUACUAAAUUUGAAGAAUUUCUUAAAAGCAAAAUCUAAAGCAAUAAUGUAAAUGUAAAAGAGUUUUCUCAUGUAAUCAUACAAUUUUUAGAAAGCGUAAAUGAAAGAUACUAAAAAUUUGAUCUUGAAAGCAUGCUUAGUGUAUUGUAAUUUAGCUAAUAUGAAACAUAAAAUGCUGAUGAAAUUGUUAGAAUAUUAUUUAAGUAUAAAUUAGAUUCAUAUAAUUUAGUGAAACUGAUUAAGAAUUUUAUGAUAGAGCAUAAUUAAGAUAUAAAGGACCAGCUCCUCCUGAUUAAGUUUCCAAAAUCAAUUAACCACUUUAGGCUAUAGAAAAUAAAGAAUAAGAUAUUGAAAAAUAAAUCUGUAUAAAUUAAUUAAUACUUUUAUAGAAUUUUAUAAUUAGGAUGCUGGAAUGACAUGGUAUUUACCAAAUUAAUCUAAAGAAUUAUCAGAAGUAUUAAUGAAGGUUGAAAAUUCCUUAUUUAACAAAACUGAAAGAGCAUAUAAAUUAUUUAAAGAUUUUGAUAAAGAUAAGGAUGGUUAUAUAUCUUAGUAAGAUAUGAAAUAGAAAUUAGAAGAAAUGAAUAUACUAAAUGGAUAAGAAAUUGGAAUAUUAAUUAAUUAUGUUGAUCCAAAUAAUAAAGGAUAUGCUACUUUUAAUGAAUUUCAUACUAAACUUAGAGCUGGUAUGACUAUAUUUGAUAAUGCUGGAAAUCAGUUAAUUUAAAUUAAUAGUUAACCUAAUAAGACAUUUCAAUGUGCAGCCAAAGCUUUCUUACCUGAAUUAUCAAGAUUAACUGAAGAAUUUAAAAAACCUUUCCGACCUUAGACUAAUCAUACAGAAAUACGACCUUCAACAAGAUUCGGAGCUACUCCUGCUUUUAAAAAUACUUUUGAAAAUUUUGUUCCUCCUAAAACAUCUCCUAUGUUUAUGACAUAAGGGGAACGAUUUUCAAAAAAUAGGGAAUAAUUUUUAUAAGAUGAGAAAGUUCAUUAUAACCAAUAAUAUGAAAAUAAACUUAACAGAAUUAGAUAAUAUCAUUAAUCUUUAGAUUAAAGAAUUCAAUCUGCUUAGGAAUAAAGAGAUUAGAAAGAUGCAAGCAAUUUAAAAUCAAAAUAAAUGGCUUAAUGGACUUAUGAACAUAAAGCGCAUCUUAAAAAUGAUUAUUUAUGA